AUGGCGAACAUCUCAGCAGAUGCAAAUGCCUGCCUGCCUGUCUCCAUGGGUGAGAUUCAGGUCUGCUCCAUGACAGCAGCUGUAGAGGCAGAAGUUCCGGCUGGGAUGAGGCUGGACUUGGCUGAGACCACAGAGAUCUCCAGCCAGAGCCAGACAGCCUGGAAGGGAGAUUCCUGGCUGCUGCUGUGUAGACCUUGGAAGCCCGGAAACCCACGGGGGAGACUGAGCAGUGGGGCCUCUGACCGGCAGACCUGGGAGCUGCCCCACUGCCCUCGCUCUCUGACGCUAGGGCAGCCUGCAGCUGGCCAGGCUCAGCCCAAGGAGAGGGGAGAGCCUGCGGCUGAAUCCUGUCCACAGCCCCACCGUCAUUGCUGUCAGGUACCAGCGCUGCCUCCUGUUCACCAGGCUCAGCCCAAGGACACAGGAAAGGCCGUGACCCCGCACUAUGGCACGCACCAAGCCCACCUCCCGCAAAGCCACCGUCUGCCCCCCAAGGAAGACCCUGGCCACCAAAGCCGCCGGCAAGAGGGCGCCGCUCACCGGAGCGAUCAAGAAGCCUCAGCGCUACAGGCCUGGCACCCUGGCGCUGCUCAAAAUCAUAAAGUACCAGCAGAAGUCCACGCAGCUGCUCCUGCGCAAGCUGCCCUUCCAGUUCCUGGUGCGCAAGAUCGUCCAGGACAUCAGCCCGGACCUGCGCUUCCAGAUCGCUGCCAUUGGUGCUCUCAGGGUACCAGCGGGGCCUACCUGGUGCGCCUCUUUGAAGACGCCAACCCAUGUGCCAUCCAUGCCAGGCGUGUCACAGUUACGCCCAGAGACACGCAGCUGGCCCGCCGCCUCCGCGGAGAGCCUACACUCCUGGCAAACACUGCACUUUAGACGGCUUCGUUUCCGUUUGAUUGUGCUUUUACUCGCCUCUGCGCUCGUCCUGGAUCUGGUAUUAGCAUUUUUCUUCACUUUUGGUUUUAUUUCCCUCACGGGGUCCAAAAGUAGCCCUGCGUAUGAUUGGGAGUAACAACAGAGGCAGAUAUAACGGGUAUGACUGUUACUGUUUUCUUUUGUUUGUAAACUUUCCAUCUACAUUGAGGGUCUAAUGCAUUCAUGUCAACUGGGAAUUUCUCACUGAACACCUUUCAACACUUCAAAUCAAGAACAAUUGUGAAAAAUUUGCUCAUUAAUAUUAUUGAAAACCAAAUAAAUUUAUUAGUGGGAAA